GCACGGCUGUAUUGGCCAUAUUAGCCAGGUCGGGCUAAGACACCGGGAGCCUCAGGUACCGGAGAAAGAUCUCUACCGACGGCCAGCAGCACCGGGAAGUGGAAAUCAAAUCAAAAUCACAGCAGAAUGGAUGCUGCAAGUCUGAAGGGAACUCUAUCUACAUCUGAGGAAAACUUCCCAACAGAUCUGCCAGUGGUGUUGGAUGUGGUCAGGGGUCCUGAGCGUCUUCCUGCAGACGAGGAGUUACAGGAAAUGUUGAGAGGGAAACUGCGCAUCCUACAGGUUGACAGCAUCGCGGUCAACACUCUAUUCAUGGAGUUGUCAGCUCAUGUCAUCUCCAUCAACAGUGAAGAAAAAGUCAUUUUUGUAAGAUUCAAAACAUUUGAGGAGAUAUGGAAGUUCAUCACAUAUUACAAAAUAGGUUUCCUAGGUCAGUGUAUGGAGAAUUUGUUGUUAGACCAGAAGUUCUGGCUCAGUUCUUUGGAGGAAGUUGCUAUUGAGGUUUCCAUUCAGGAGGAAAAACUUAACCAUAUCUACAAAGGCAUCCUCAUGCAAGAGGGUGCAUUGUUUGCUAGUUGUAGUGCCAACCAGACAUUUGACAGCUCCACCUCUGGAGGAGCACUGUACCUGGAGCAGGGAGACACAGCCCGGUUUGAGCCUCCCUUCCUUGGCUCAGGUUGGACUGUCCUCAGCCUAGCUGAUGGAGCCCGGUACACUGCACCCAAACCUGCUCUGGAGCCAGUUAUUCCUUUUCAUCAAUGGUUUCUUAAAUCCUGUGCUGAGAGCAUUUUAGUUGGUGAUGGGAAACCUGCCUGUGCCUUCCCUCUGCAGUUUGCCAGAGGAACCUGUCUGGCCAAAGUGGAGUAUGAUGCUGAGGGCCCAGAUGAGCUGAGCGUGGCACCAGGUGAUCGUAUCAUCAUUUUGGGACUUCUCGUGCCUUGUUUUGAUUGGUUCACAGGGAGGAAGGAAGCGACAGGAGAAGUGGGUCUGGUCAAGACAAGCCUAGUGAAACCGUCUACUGACAUUUACGACUCAGCAGAUAUAUUUCUGGAAGAAGAGGAAGGAAUGUUCUUCAGUCUGCAAGAGCAGAAAGUCAUAGAGGAAACAACUGCCUUAUUUAAGAAGAAAUCUCAAAAUGAUAUUGGUCAUAACUAUAAACUGGAUAUUAUCAGCUACCAAGACACUGAAAAGAAACCAUCACUCUGCUAUUCAAGUAAAGUUGAUACUAAGCGGGACGACCUGAAGAGAAAUAUUCAGAGGAUUCUUGAUCAAGGAAAAGACUCUUCACCAGAUUUCAUUGUAUCUGUGAACGGAACUCUAGAGGACUCGGUCCUGCCUACAGAAGAAAAAGACCCAAGCCCUCCCUGUUUCACUGUUUACCCAAUUGUAGAAGGAAACAACAACGCUGAGAACUUCAUUUCCCUGUUUUCUUUUUUGGAAGAACAAGACUGCAAAGAAGAGUUUGGCAUCCUGUAUAGGCAGAGUUCUGAACUCCUCACUUCCGCUACCUUCUCCGGUCACUCUGAUGAGGAUGAGUUGAUUGCCUUUCUGGGUGUUGCUAGGGAAGCAGCCAGGAAAAAGCGACUCUUUUGGUCACAGACACGUUUGUGCUUCUUGUUGGGUAAGCUCUGCGCUGGGAGGUCAAAGUUCAGCCAGGCUCGGGUUUACUUUGAGGAGGCCCUCAGUGUUCCACGAGAACGCUUCAGGGACCUCAAGCUGUUGGCCAGCAUCUACUCCAACCUGGCUGCCAUAUAUCUUUUGCAGAAAAAUACUGAAAGUUUCUUUGCUGUGACAGACCGACUUGUUGCCUUGCUAUUAGGAAUCCCAGACUGCAUGGAAAGCUUAGAGGACAACUCCGUUCUUAAAUACAUCCUCAAGAAAGCUGUUCUCUCUCACAACAAAAUGGCAGAGGCCCGAGCUUGUUAUCUGUUGGCAAAGCAUCACUGGACUUGUGCUGAUGGGGCUCAAGCUGUUCCUUAUCUUGAGAGACUACUUGUUCUUUGUGCUGAAGCUCAAAAAACAUGGAGCAUCUCUCUCAGUCAUGGAUACCUGACCCUGGGAAGACUCUACAGUGAACUCUGCCUUCCCUACCUCAGUGUCAGUUCAGCCAGGAGAGCUUCUCUGCAGCCAUCUGCCAAACUGAGCGACUGUCUUAACAGCAUGGUUCUAGUUCUGGACAAUGUCAACAAACUGAAUGUGAUCACAGAACAGGAAGCCUCCGUCCCACCUCAAGUCGCUCCAUUUUUACGCCAAGCCCUCUCUUUUACCAAGAUCCAAGGAGGAUGUAGGAACCAAUACCAUGUUUUGAGCCAUCAGCUUACUGUUUGUCUCUGCCAACUCUUUUACAAGCACAAAAUGGUCGGACACGCUAUCGACCAAAUGCAUAUUCUCAUCAAUAACAGUCCACCCUUACAGCAAGUCCCCAUCUCUGUGCAAGAAAGAAAUAGUGCCCUCAUCUGGCUGGCAUGGCUUCACAUUGACAACAACCAGCCCAAUGUUGCUUUGGAUAUACUGGACUUGGUCCUAUCUUCCAUGCCAGAACACUGCACAACCCCUCAGGAAGGUGUGGUCCUCAACAUGCGUGGUGUGGCACUUCGAUGUAUGGGUGAACUCCAGAGGGCAGCAGAGAGCUACCAGGCUGCUGUUGACAUCUGCCAGGAGUAUGAGGACCUGCCAAACUGGGCUGUAGCUAAGGCUAACCUAGGGCUAUUGUGUCUGAAGGCUGGAGCUAAAGGGCUAGCGCAGAGGCACCUGACAGAGGCUGUGCAGCUCUUUUCAGAGCUGGAUGAUGAAGGUCAUGAGGCAAACUUCAUCACAGUGCUGCUCGAGCUCGGACAGCACUAUUUGAAGCAGCAGCAGCUGUACUAUGGUAAAGGAUGCUACGAGUGGGCUCUAUUGCUGGCCAUCAAUGCCAACCUGUUAGACUGCCAACUUGCUGCAACAAGAAACCUGUGCCAUCUGUAUGGGUGUGACAGUCCAGACCAGGCACAGUGUAUCAUCUACAGCCAGCACCAGGUCCAGCUGCUGAGACGCACAGGAGACAGAGGACAGGAGGGAGAUGCACUGGAAGCCAUCAGCCAGCUCUAUCUCACUCUGGGCACAGAAAAGGCAUACCGGGCAGCUCUUGACUAUACCAAGAGCAGUCUGGGUAUUUUCAUCGACUUGGGCUGCAGGGAGAAGGAGGCAUACGGCUGGCUGCAGGCUGGGAAGAUCUACCACCUGCUGGGCCAGACUGAACUGGUGGACCUUUAUGUUCAGGUAGCUCAGGAUGUUGCUCUGAGCAUAGGAGACACCAGGUUCAUCCUGAAGCUUCUGGAAGCUGCAGGAGACAUUUUCUUCAACAGCUGCCAGGACAGAGACAAGGCUAUCACCUUCUACAGGGACCGUGCUCUGCCCAUCGCAGUGAAGAGCAGCCGUGUUCAUGCCAGGCUGAGAUUGUGUAAUAAACUGACUGAAGUUAUGCUCAAUCUCAAGCUAUAUGGGGAAGCUGUUGAGUUUGCUCAGACUGCACUGGACAUCAGUAUCACUCGGGGUGAGCGUCUAAAUGAGAGAGUAGCCUACCACCGCCUGGCCUCUUUGUACCACUGUCUGGAGCAAUAUGAACUUGCUGAACACUAUUACCUGAAGACCCUGACCCUCUGUCCAACACCUCUGCAGUUUGAUGAGGAAACACUGUACUAUGUCCGGGUCUACCAGACACUAGGGGACAUCAUAUUCUAUGACCUGAGGGACCCAUUUGAUGCUGCAGGCUACUACCAUUUGGCUCUGGCUGCAGCCAUGGACCUGGGCAACAAGAGGUCUCAGCUGCAGCUGUGCACACGCCUUGCCACCAUCUACCACAACUUCCUCAUAGACCGGGAGCUAUCUCUCUUCUUUUACCAGAAGGCAAGAGGAUUUGCUGCAGAGCUGAAUGUGAGAAGGAUUAAUAUCUCACCAGAUCAGCAUUACAGCAGUUUCUCACAGUACAAGACCACUGGAAGAUAUUCUUUCAUAAAAAAAAAUAACUUUUUGCUGGAUGCAUGAAGAAGUCAGUUGCCCCAGAUGUCCAUUUUAAUUUUCAACUGCAUUGUAUUGUAUGCACAAGAUAGAUCUUGUGAGGCCUUCAUUAAUCCACAGGAAAUAAAUAGGUAAAUAUAGCAGAGCAGAAAAGAAUUGAAACUUUUAAGUAAUCAUCUGUUACCACCCAAAAAUGAGUUAUCAAAAGUGAUUGAGUAGAUAUUUAAAGUGCAAGUUUUUUUUAUUUGCUGAGAAACAAAAAAGGAAAUAGGACAUGUCAGGAAAGCAUGGUAUACUUACAGUUAAGUAUACAAAUUUGUUAGCUAAACUGCUAUCCCAGUAUGUACACAUAUAUACAAAAUUGUAACAACUCUCUCGGAGGCAGAGAAACUCACGAAGCAGUGUAAAAUUCAAAUCAAAAAUGUCUUUACUCAAAGUUCAAAGGGUCUACCUUCAGGGGGACCAUGUUUACUCAAGUUCAAAGUCUUACACAGGUAGUCAGUCAGGCACUGGCAAACAAUAGCAGCCAGUGAGCAGGCAAAAAUCCAAAAACAAAGUAGCAAAGCAGGGUAACAAACCACAAGAGCAAAUGCUGGACAGUGAUGCACACAGGAGGAGAUGCAAAGACAAUCUGGUAGAGAGCAAAGGAACACAGGGGCCAUAUAUAAACAGGUUGGACUGGCAGGGACAGCAGGUGCAGGCAAGUAGGUGGGACCAGGUGAGGAUGAUCAAGGUGCUGAGAAACACAUGAGAGCAGAAACUGAAAUGACAGAGAAGGUGAUUACACAAAAUAAAACAGGAAACCAGACAAUGAAUCAAUAUAACAAGAUGUUACACAAAAUAGAGAAAAAAAUUUUUGCAUACAUAUCUUCCCACACAACCAUCAAAAAACAUUAGGGAGCCUAAAAAUGCUGGAAUACAUCAAUAGCCAAACAAAACGUAAUACGCAUUAUGCAAUAAGAUCAGUCUACUCCAGUAAUGUAUAGCUGGACAUUUACAACCAAAAUACAUACUAAAAGGAGACCAGUCUUUCUUAUCUGUAGAAAUUAUACAAAAUUUUUCAGUGACCUUGAUUAGCUACAUGUGGUGCAUACAAUGACAUUUUAUGUCUCCUGGUACCUAUUGAAUUACUUAUACUUGACACUCCUUGCCUUGUAGCUUGCCCAUAUAGUUUUAGCUAGAGGCUCUAUGCUAUGACCACAGCAAAUAAAAAAAGGUGCCAGGAGACAGCUCUGUUUUGUACCUGUAUUUAUUGAAAAUACUUGGGAUUACAAGCCAUUAACCAAUACAGCAGCUUGUGGAGGUGCAUAAAGCAUUUUGAGACAGUGAAUAAAAAUAUUAUCAAAAGACAAUUCAUUACAUUUAAAAUGAUGCCGGCUACUCACAACUGAAUGGAAGAGAAUUCUUAAUUAUAUUCAGUUUACAUACUAAAUUUUUGAAUGAUCUUGACUUGAGCUGGUAUAAGUCCUUUACCAAUACAGCAGCUUCUGGAGAUGUAUUAAGCAGUUUUACUCAAUCAAUAAAAAUAUCACCAAAAGGAAAUUCCUUGAGUGUUCUAAGUAUGUGAGUCUAAAAAUUAGUCCAAUGUCCAAUGACCACAAGAUAAAAAGAGAUACUUUGUACAGCAUCCCCAUUAUUAACAUGAGCUUACCAUGUUAACUUGUAACGGUUAUAGUAACGUUCAUAUAAUUUUAUGUUAUGGCCAAUAGUUUUAAUUAUUUCAACUUUGUCUCUGAGAAUUUAUGUUUUGUCCAUCAGUUUUGUGGGAGACUGGAAAUAAAUUUAUACCUUUUGAGCCUCAGCCACCAUUGAUAUGAAGAAGA